UCACGUAACGCGGAUAGAACAGCUGCGGCGUGCCACAUCGGAUCAGCACAUCUGAGCACCAUCGAAAUCGUCUCUCCUUUCUCACCCCGGCUUCCUCAGCAACGAGCGACUCGACCAGAACGACGGAAAACUUCUCUUUUUUUUUCGGAUGGCUCGCUUGAUGCGCCUGUGUCGACGCACAACACGGGGGGCCUGUGGACGAUGUCCAUUCGUCAGAUCGGCUCACCUAUAGAGUGCUAUGGCGAUGUGAUUCUAAGACACACGCACACCCACAGAUGGACAGAGAGCGUGCUGCAGAAUCCCAGACCUUAGCGAAGAAGUUUUUCUUUGACGACUCCCAUGUCUGAAGAAAAGCACAGAAGCAGAGAAGCAGAGAAUUAUGGUUGGAGAAACAUCGUCUCUCUCCGACGGACGCAGUCCCCAGGAAAAUUGCGGCUGCUGUCUGCUGGCGCCGACGACAGUUGCGUGUGGAAGUCAAUGAUCUUUUUGGGGAUGCCUUCCCACGGGCGCAAAGCAGCGCUGUAUAUCGAGAACCAGAUUGAGAAGCUGGCCGGUCCAAUCACUCGCCCAAUUGAAAUGCUGUACCUGACGAUAUACUGGUUCUCGAUAUAGACGUACGAUUGGGCGUUCUAGGUAGAUCACAGCACGCGACAAUAUUGAGGCCUCACCGACACAACACGUGUACCUUAAUCAGGCUCAGGUACGCGUCGUAAACGCUUGUGACUGGAACGGAAACGAAAAGACAAGAGACAGCACUCUAAACUAACAUGUAUGCCUUUGCCUACCAGGAUGUGAGUAUCCUCCGGUCCUCAACCAAUAGUAAUCACCUGAAACACGAGCAGGAAAUCAGACAUUCCAUAGGUACCAUGAUUGACUACCCACCUGUGACGAGGGCUCGACACUGAGUUGCGCUGGGCUUGGCGUCGUUGCCGGACAGCAACUGCCGGACAAUGUCUCUUCGUCUUGUGGCGGCAGCUUCGUCUCGCUUCCACUCUUCCAUUGAAGGAGGGAGAUUUUCUUGUUUACACUGAAAGCGGGCAACGCGCAAUCAUGGAGACGUCGCCAAACACAGUUACAAUAAUGCUGCUUGACAUACCUCUGUCUUGGUGGUGAAGAAGCUUGUGCCAUUGCUGUGGCAGCCAUACCUAACACGUUCUCACGUGAAUUGGACUUAUUCUCAAGUAUCGGUCUUGUCCGAUUCACGUGAGAACGUGUUACCUCCAACAAUUCACGUGAAUGGAAGCAAUGUCUGCUGCUGCUUGACCUGUCCAGACAAACGAACAUCAGUGAAACCGGAGACGUAUCUGGCGAUCGACACUGCACCUGUGAUGCGGGCCUGUGUGCCGUGAUGGUCUUUGUUUGACGAUUUUCGCUUUGGAUUGCUCCGAUGGUGCGAUGGGGUAGCUGCCCUGCUCAAAUGGGUUUGUGUAUGUUUUGUGUGUGUCCAUUCGGGCCCGUGUCAUGCACCUGUCUUUGCUGAUAUCGAUUCCACCGACAUAGGCAAUCUCGCGAUUGAUGAUGACUUUCUUGGCAUGCGCUGUAGAGAUUGAUGAUGAGCAUCGACGACGAUUUUGAUGAUUUGUGGUGUCUAUAUGGCAGCCCACCGCUCCGGAGGAAAGACAGACUGUCUUGUGGCGUCUUGUAGGUGCACUUGCGCCGUUUGAUGUCUGACAACUUGUAUCCGUAGUCUAAUUGAGAGAGAGAGAGAGAAAAAAAACACACAUCAUACGCAGCGAGACGUCGAUGCGUGUGUCUCCCUGCACCUACCAAGGAAUAUGGGACUGAAAGGAAUACACAGAAAAGGCCCGCGUAGGCGCAGACGUGUGUGUACAGUGCGUUGUUUCUUACAUUCCCAUAUCGAUCAGACGGUCCAUUUCCUUUGGUCCGUGAAAGCCGCCCACGCUCUGCAGGGUCAUCGACCACCAAGUGAAGUAGAUUUUGACCCCCUGAGUAAUGAAACGCAAUUGAAGCGACGCAUGACGGCCAUGCAAGAUUGUAAACUGCACGGUGCUGUGCAUGUUGCCUUGUACUCUCUGAAGAAGCUUAUGGAGAACAUUCCAAAAUGAGCUCUCGGGGUGCUCAUCGCCCAGCAGAGGGACAUCAAGGUGGAAGUCCCACGCAGAGAAAAUGACUUCACUGUCACUCCCCGACAGGGCAGGAUCCUAUCGCCAUACACAGAGACAUCUCACAUCCAACUGCGCUAUAUGAAAGCACGUAGCUGCACCAAGAGCCUGACAAGCCAAACACACGGCACAAGUGGGACAAUUUUGGUGAGACAUCCGUCGGCUGCUGCUCACAUGAAAUACAGCUCUUCGUAGUAUCCAAGCGGCUCCGGAGGGACGCCUUCUGCCCAUUGUGGAUACAUCUUCUUCCUUUGCUCAGAGUCCACAAUUUGCACGUCGAACAGACUGGUCAAGCGAGAUGAUAUGUGAGUCUUCAUGUCGGAUUGGCAACUUUCAAGGUCACCUAUCCGACAGCGAGGCCACAAAGCCACGAAAGGUGCCUGGCAAACCACAGCUCGGCAUCCCCAGCCUGCGCUCGUCGUUUCGCGUGUAUUGAAUCGAGCUUACAGGGCUGGAACGCAAAAUUGCCUGCCCUUUCUUCCACUGGGGCGUUUGUGUAUCUUCCGCAUUCGUCGCGGUCAAACUCUCCUGCAGUCGCCGAGAGAAUUAAUCCUAGCGCCUGCAGCCGAAUCCGUCACGGUGCUGUUGCCUACCCCGAAGCUCAUCGCCGUUCACCAGGCGCCUGAGGCUGCGUCUGCUUCUCGGUGUCUCCCCACCCGUCUCAUUGGCCGCCAAUGAUUUCUGAAUGUGGGAGGACGCUCUGUUCCUGAAUGUCGCAGCAGAGGGAGUUACAGCCCCUGCGCAAACAGUGCAGAACAGAGCGAGAAUGAUCGAAUGUGGGACAGAGCUCGAGUAUCGUUGAGAAACAGACCCCAAGAGAAAACGAGCGAGAUAACAAGCACCUAGGCACUUGUGGGAACCAUAUCGACUCCUCGUGGUGUUCCGGAAAAAAGACGGGGGGGCGGCCCCCAGGACAGGAACAUGAUUUACGCACAGGCCAGGAUUUCCUUGUGCAUGGCGUGACACGGGACGGACAUAUCAAUCCGUUGAAUGGUAAAUCCUUGGGGGCGACACGAUGAUUUCGCGCUGAGGGAUGCAU